CGAUCAAGAUGUUACAACUAAGUCCUGGGAUCCGAAACGUGAGUCGUCGAUACCCAUUUCACUAUCACUGGCACGAACGCAAGGCCGGUCCGAAGAUACCGUACUUAAAUUUUGGUGACUCUCCUCACAUCAAAAACAAAUGCAUUCCAACCGUUGAAACAUUUCCGAAAACAAAUCGAAGCUCACAAUUCCGAAAAGGAAGCACAAAAUCUGUACACGUAACUAUCGACGAUAUAUUUUACGACAAUUGCUUGAUCCCUGAACCACCACCAUGCCAAGGACUCGAGAUUCACUGGACAUCAACUAUGGGGAUGAUGGCACCUACGAUUCCUCUAAUUCUGACUCCUAUUCCGAGUCUCAAUCCGACGACACCGGUUCCGGGUCGUCGUGCUCCGGCAGUGACUACGAUUCUUAUGACGUUAGGCACGGUGAAGUGAGAUCCACGACUUCCUUGGAAGAAGGGGAACAAAUGGAAAUCGUCUUUGGAGGAAACAGCAGCAGAGCAGAGAGAAAGGGGGACGAUGGAUACGAUGGCUACGACGCUCGAAGCGGAAAAUCUUCCAAGAAAAGCAUGAGGAGCAUGCGCACCAUCACCUGGAAACAACGAAUACUGCGACAGAAGAAGCUUGCGAUCGGCAUCGGUGCCGCCGUCCUCCUGGUGCUGAUCCUGAUCAUUGCGCUUCCGGUUUCAUUGAGCAAGAAGUCCAAGGAUUCCGCGAAGGCGGCAGCUCCAGCUCCCCCAAAGAAAGAUAUUUUUGCGGACUUUGCGGGUGAGCCCAUCGACGACGCAGGUUCCAGCGACAACUCCGGCAAAACCAAUACCUCCGAGUUCACGGUCGAAGUCACGAUGGAGCCCGAAAACGGUUUCCUCUUCGACACGAUAGGCGACGACGGGAUCUACAACGACACCAUCGCGCCCACACACAAGGGUACCACCUUUUGGUGGGAAACGGGUGGAGGCCAGGAUUCGUUCGAAGACGACUACUGGGGAGCGACCGGAACGGCAACAUGGGGGCCCUCGUCUACCUUUUACCCCACCGAGUUUUGGUGGGAAACCGGCAACUCGGGAAGUGAUCGGGAAGAAGGUACCGGCGAACCCACCGUCACCGCCGUUAACACCACCAAUGCGCCAACGACCGGCAGCCCAACGGGCAGCCCCACGGGUAGUCCCACCGAGAGUCCCACCGAAAGUCCUACGGAGAGUCCCACCACCAAAUCCCCCACCGUCUCUCCCACAACGAAGGAUCUCUUUGCGGACUUCAAGGAAUCGGAAGUAACCGAAACCCCCGCCCCAACGGAGAGCCCGACCAAGAUUCCGACCGAGAGGCCGGUCGCGGUCCCCAUCAUUCCCCCGAGGGCGACCCAGCCCCCGUCCACCCCGGCCCCCACGAGGAUCACCGAGGCCCCCAGCGCCUCUCCGAGCUGGGAACCCUGGCCGACAGCAGAAUCCACCAGCUGGCCGACCUGGGCGCCCACGACGUGGCAGCCCACCGGAUCGCACCUCCCGACGAUCCUCAUAGACUACCCGUUUUAUUUCCCCCACAUGGCGGCGCAGAACCAGGAGCAGAACGAAGCUACGGUUGCCGAGGGACGGUCCGAGGUCGAGCUCGACGGAGAAGGAAACGUGAUGGUGCGCACCCACCACUUCUUUGGACGGAAGUAACCGAAACUCCCAUCCGGCCACUCGCCCAACCCCGACCUCGUUUGUUGGUAUCCGAUGCUGUACCACUAGCCAAUCUUUAUGAAUCGUAGAUAAAUGUGAACAUGAAUAAUUUAAGCCUAAUCAC